AUGGCCCCCCCCCGGGUGCGGGAGGGGGCUGUGGGCAGCGGUGUCUCGGGAGGAGCGGGUCUGUGGGGGGAUAACUGGGAUGAUGAGGAGGAAGAGGAGGAAGUAAAGGAGACAGAGAUAAAACCAGAACCAAAAGUUUCAGAAAAAAAGAAAAUCGCAGAAAAAAUAAAAGAAAAAGAAAAGCUACAGAAGAAAAAGCAAGAGGAGCUUAAAAAAAGGCUAGAGGCACCAGAGGAACAUAAAGAACUUACACCAGAAGAACAGUUAGCAGACAAACUACGACUAAAGAAAUUGCAAGAGGAGUCAGACCUUGAGUUAGCAAAAGAAACCUUUGGUGUAAAUAACACUUGUGGAAUAGAUGCCAUGAACCCCUCUUCAAAAGAUGACUUUACGGAAUUUGGCAAACUACUAAAAGAGAAGAUCACACAGUAUGAGAAGUCGUUACAUUACGCCAGCUUCUUGGAAGCAUUAGUUCGAGACGUAUGUAUUUCAUUGGAAGUUGAUGAUUUGAAAAAGAUCACAAAUACUUUGACAGUACUAUGCAGUGAAAAACAAAAACAAGAAAAGAAUAAAGCCAAAAAGAAGAAAAAAGGUGUUGUGCCUGGAGGUGGUUUAAAGGCUACUAUGAAAGAUGACCUGGCUGAUUACGGAGGAUAUGAUGGAGAAUACGUACAAGACUUUGAAGACUUCAUGUGA